UAAAAAAUAUCUAGAAGCAGUUAUUUUAUCAUUGGUAUCACUGUUAGAAAUCAGUGUACCACCAUUUCAAUACAUUUAAAGAUUGAUUUAGGUUAAGAAGAAUCGGUGUAAAUACAAACAUGCUACGACACGAUAUCAUAAUACAAAUAAUCUUAUUGUACAUUGUAAUACUAUGUCAAAAUACAUCGGUAAUUGCAGUACAAGAGGAUCAAUAUCAAAAUUAUCCUGCUCAAGGUUUAUAUAAUGCAAGUGACAAUGUAAUAGUAUUAAAUGAUACUAAUUUUAAAACAAGUGUCUAUGGUGAUUCUAAAGGAUGGUUAGUUGAAUUUUAUAAUAGCUGGUGUGGAUUUUGUUUUCGUUUUGCACCCACGUGGAAGGCUUUUGCAAACGAUGUUUAUUCAUGGAGAGAUAUCGUAGUUAUUGCAGCAAUAGAUUGUGCUGUGGAUGAAAACAAUCCUAUUUGUCGUGAAUAUGAAAUAAUGCAUUACCCAACACUUAAAUAUUUUCCUGUUAAUGCACAUUCUUCCUUCAUGGGUAUAUUAGUUGAGAAAGAUGAUAAUAUUGAAGUUGUUAGACAUAAUUUGAUUAAGAGACUUGAAAAAGAACAAGAAGAGGGACGUGGUUUAACGUGGCCUAAUAUUACACCUUACAGGAGUGCAGAGAUAAAAGAUAUAUGGAAAAUAGUACCUAAAACUGUCAAAUAUUUUUUUCUGUUUUUUGAAAAAACAGAUUCACAUUUGGGAACUGAAGUAAUAUUAGAUAUGCAUAAAAUUACGAGUCUACAAAUACGUAGAGUUACAUCGGACAAUGAAUUGUUAUGUGUAACAAGUCAAAUCACCAAAUUUCCAAGUAUAAGUGUAUUAAGUCAAGAAGAACCACAAAAGCAUUUAAAUAUUAGAACACCGACAAGAGAAAGUGUUAAACAAAUUAUUGGAAAUUAUAUGCGUUCAAAGGGUAUAAAUAUAGAUGAAGAAAUUAUUAUCAAGCAUAAUAAUGUUGCCUCUCUAAUUCCAAAACCAAAUAAAAUAAAUAAUACUGUAUCAAAUUCCCAACAAGAACAACAAUAUAACUCUGACAUAUUUGAAGAUCAUUUAUAUCAACUUGAUUUAGAAAGUACACUAAGAUAUUCUAUUUAUGACGAAAUACCAAUGAAUAAAAUGAUAGAAGGUGAAAAAUUAGAAGCAUUAAAAGCAUAUCUAAAUGUUUUAGCGAAAUAUUUUCCAAUGAGAUACAGCAGUGUUUUUCUCGAUGAAAUUCGUGAUGCAAUUAUUAACAAAGAUAAGAUAUAUGGAGAAGAAUUUCUUCAAUUGGUCAGAUCAACGGAGAAACAAAUGUCACCGGUAUAUUCUGGUCCGCAACAAUGGAUUGGAUGUAAGGGAAGUAAGAAAAUUUAUAGAGGAUAUCCUUGUGGAUUAUGGACAAUGUUUCACAUGUUGACUGUUAAUUUUGGAAUGGAAAAUAAAGACAAACGUCAUUACAAUCCAAUUGAAAUAUUACGUGCUAUGUACAAAUAUAUAACCAAUUUCUUUGGUUGUACAGAUUGUGCUAGACACUUUGUAGAAAUGGCAUCGACAAACAAAAUAUAUGAAGUACAGAAUGGAGAUGAUAAUAUAUUAUGGUUAUGGAAAGCACACAAUGAAGUUAAUGCAAGAUUGGCAGGUGAUGUAACGGAAGAUCCACAACAUAAAAAAAUACAAUAUCCAUUAAAAGAACAAUGUUCCGAAUGCAGAUACUCUAAUGGUACUUGGAGAACUGAUCAGGUUUUAUAUUAUCUUAAAAGAAAGUAUAGUUAUGCGGGAAUUAAUUAUUAUGGAUCUAAUGAAAAACAUAUUAACGUUAAAAAUCAUCAAUUUGAACUGAGACAUGGACAAUUAGUCACUAACAAAUAUUUAAAUUUUAAAAAAUUGGUUUGGGAUUUUAAUAUAUUUGAUAUAAGCAUUUGUGUUGUAUUAUACAUUACAUCUGCCGCUAUACUCACACUUGUUUGCAUUAAAUUUGCUGUAAAAAGAAGUUACAGGAAAAAAACUUACAUAAAUUUACUUGGUAAAGUAUAAAUUCAAUGCAAUUUGUGUGUAUAUCAUAGAUUACAGGUUUUUUUUUUUUCUUUUUUAAAAAAGAUAUCGUGUAUAUACACUAAACGUCUGUAUGUUCGACUGUACAUAUUAUUCAUAUUGUUUAAUAAUCUAAUAAUCUUUUGAUAUUUAUCUAAAUUUUGAUAUUAUUAACUAAACAGAUUGAAUUCUUGUAUUAUAUCUUUACAAGAAUUAUUUAACAAAAUUGUACAGGUCAUAUAUGUAUAUUUAUAUUAUCAAAUUAUUCUUCUAAAACAGUUUAGAUUAUGCACAGUUAGGAGACUUCCAAUUGUACAUUGUGAUAUUAUCUUUUUUUUUUAAUUUUUUUUUUUAAUAUGAUUUUUAAACAAAUGUUGUAAUUAUUAUGUUAAGUACUCUUCCGUGUUAGUAUCAAAUUUAAUGCAAAAACUUGAACAAUUUGAAUGAAAGUGAACAUUUGUCGAAUGAUUGUGAAUUGUAAAUACUAUUUUACAGUAGAAAUUCAAUUUUUCAAAAAAAAUGACAUAAGUAUAAUAAAUAUACCCAAUCAAAAUAAGGGGAAUAUCAAUGAAAUUUGAUUAAAUAUAACUAAUUAAAAUAAUCAUUUUAUAUAAAUUUUAUACAGGAUGUCCGAGGUUUAUUCAGUCAAACGGUGUUAGUAUAUUUUAUACACAAAUGUAACAAAAAUAUAACAUAAGAUGUUUUUCUUAUUUUCGUGCAUAGAAUAUGCUGACAUUGUUUGACCUGGAAAAUCUCAGACACUCUGUUAUAUGUAUGUAUAUGUAUUUAUACAGUAAAAUAUCACAAAAUUUUUAGUUAUAGAUAAUACAAGAUUUAUAUAAAAAUAAUACACGUUAUAUUCGUUAAUAAUACAAUGUGUAAUUUAAUAAGUUCUAUAUGGGGACAUUAUUUAUCUAUUUAUAUUUGAAAAGAGUAUACUUUGAAUAACAAUUUUAAUAAAUAUCUAUUUAUAGUAAAAUGCAAAAUAGGAGAUAC